AUGGCAGCGGGCAGUGUUCGCAGCAGCGCGCAGAGAGUCUCUUCUCUCUCACUUGAUACAGUCGGCAAGAGCGGUUUAUCUUCUUCCGCUUCUGAAAUCCUUGAUCCCAGGAGUUCUCUUGAUGCAUAUGGAUCUGGUGAAAUGGGGAGGCAUGCUUCUUUUGGCUACCCUCCACCGACCUCAUCCGUUGGAGAUAGGGAUGAAGAUUUAGGUUCAUUAGGUUUUUUAGGGGCUCCGGCAGUUGGAUCUUCAAGUAACACUCAAGAUCCGGGCAGUCAGCCAGUCAACGAGUUCCCACCAAGCAUGCAGAUACUUCUGGCUCUUUUAUUCGCUGCUACUGUGGUCCUCUUAAUCGUCUGCAUUGCCUUUACCUGCCGACCCGAUUCUCCACUGGCCAGGGCACCAUCGUGUUGUCAGUUUCUCUGUUGCCGUGGUGUUGGCAAAGCAGGUGGGUGA